AUGACGAGGCUCGGUCCGUUGACGUCGCAGGCGCUGGGCCGCUCCCCUUACGACAUCCUCGUGCUGGGCGAUGGCGAGGCCAACCCGCGCGAACCGCCGCAAGACUACGAUGAGCGUGGCCGGCCUGUCAAUGCAGAGACGAAGCGUAUCAACCGCAACAUUGUCCGGUCACACAAUGAGGUCAUGCAUGUGAUCGGCGUUGCCGAGCCGGACAGCCUUAUCACGGCCGAGUCCGAAUCGGACAACCAGCUGAUCCAGCAGCACCUUGAGGACAUGCUGGGCCGCAAGCUCUGGGACCCGGCUCGGGUGAUCGGCGCCCUGGGUGUUUGGGGUGCCGAGCCGCUGCGGCAGCGGGCGUUGGACUACGGUCUUCACCCCCUCUUCGAUGUUCUAUCCAGCGGCGUCCUGGCUAGCGUCGUGGAUCGUUUCCUGCGGCAUGCCUCCCUAGAGCGCAAAAGCAUCCGCGAGAACCUCUGGUCACGACUCGCCAUCAUACCUGCAUUCCCUUGGCUUCCGGGACCGCUCUAUUUCGUUCCCUUCUCCAGUGCUUCGCCCAUUGUCCGUCCGCCGAUGCUUCCGACGUCGUACUCUUUCGGCGGCGUGGCGGAGUGGGUGGGACAGGUUCUGCUCUGCGUUGCACCCAUUGCCGCGUUUUACGGCUACACAGAACUCCGGGAGCAACUCUCACACCACCUCAACUACGCUAUCUAUGACACCCUGAAUACGCCUUCCAACCCGCCCCUGCAGCGGGCCGUGUCCGAAUUUAACCCGUAUACCGGCGAGCGCCGGUUGGCAGGGCUUCCUAAUGUCGAGGUGCUGCCUCCACGGCCACCCGUGCCUCCACCUCCACCGCCACAACAGCAAACGCAAACCCGGACACGACCUGCUGUCCCGCCGCCGCCGGCCGACAGCCAGCGUCUCUUGAGUGAAGGGGAACAUAACGACAGCAACCGACGGAACGCCAUUGAUGGUGGCCAGGAUGCGGUGGCUGUUGAUGAACGUGCAAACGAGAGAGCCGGCGAGGCGUCGGGUUCGUCUGAAACGACUCCGACCCAACAGCAGCACCGCACCUCGACGACGCCUCCGCCAGGCUCGCCGACAAACGCACCUCGUCGGCGGGAUACCGUGUCCAGUGGCGGGGGCGGUGAUGGUUACAUUAGCGAAGAGGAGGAGUUUGAGCUGAGCGCGACAUUGGUCAGUUUCGAUGUGGAGGCUGGGUCGGCGGGCGACGCACCACCCAAUGCGUGGUCCGCCGAGCUCCGCCAGAGCGCCACGGUGAGCAUAGGUUACGAGGGCGACGGCUAUGGCCCCUUCGGUGGCAGCCCUUCACUCGGCACCUACCUCCGGGGUGUCUACUACCCAGGCGUUAACGCGCCGUUCAAUUCGGAUACGAUGUUGUCGAGGCUCCCGGCCGCCAUCUUGUCCGAUAACGCUGCGUCACUUGCCGCCAAGCUGCUGCUUGUCGACUGUGAGGCAGCCGUCGUGCGCCUCAUGGCCCGUGGCUACCGCUUGCAGCACGGCCAACCGGUGGACGACCUGUACGACCUCGGCACUGUGCCGUUUCCCUUUGUGCCGGGCGGGACGUUCUCGCUGAGCGCGGCAAACCACUACGCCAUGGCUAUCGUACUGGAGGCCGCUGUCAAGUCUGUCGGAGUCCUGGCUGCACUGGGCAUCUCGUGGCUCUAUAGGGGUAGCCAGCAAGGCUGGAGCUUCAUGCGUGUGGUGCGGGAGAAGCUGAAAUUGUAUGGUGCACAGAAGCGCGAAAGCGAUCCUAUUGACGUCGUUUAG